AUACAUAACAAAAACUAACAAUGUCCGUUGAAGAAAUCCCACAAGGUGCUGACGUCAAUGUCAUCCCAAAGAAUGAAAAGAAGGCCAGAGAAUUGAUCAAGAAGUUGAACUUGAAGCAAAUCAAGGGUAUUUCUCGUGUUACCUUCAAGCAAAAGGGUAACUUGAUUUACGCCAUUGACGCCCCAGAUGUAUACAGAUCUGCUGCUGGUACUUAUGUUGUCUUUGGUGAAGCCAAGGUUGAUGACAUGAACAAGAGAAUUGCCGAAGCUCAAGCCCAACAAGCUCAACAAGAAGCUUUACAAAAGGCUGCCGCUGACGCUGCUACUGCUGACAAGUCUCCAGAAGAUAUCACUGCUGACUUGGAAAAGGCCACCUUGGAAGAAAACAAGGAAGAAGAAGCCGAUGACGAAGAAGGUGAAGUUGAUGCUUCCGGCUUAGACGAAAAGGACAUUGACAUCAUCAUUGAACAAACCCAAGUUUCCAGAGCCAAGGCUGUCAAGGCUUUAAGAAAGCACGACGGUGACAUGGUCAAUGCUAUCAUGGACUUGUCUUAAGUUUAGAGUAUGAAUAUCGUAUUUAGUAUUUAAUAUACCUUUUUUGAGAUAAC